AUGCCGUCCUCGACCCCUCUUUCCUCCAUCGACGACCGCGACGCCCACGCCAGCAUCUCCCACCUCGACGACCUCUCAGCCUCGGCGUGGGCCUCCGUCCCCGACAGCCACCGCGCAGCCAACAUCCGCACCGCCCACACUUCGGAGCCGGAUGAUAGCGCCGCCAACGCUUCCCUCGCCAUCAACUCACGCCAGUAUCAAAAGAGCCUUGCGUCUUUUAUCGAUGACGAUGACGACGACAACGACGACAACGACAACGAUGACGACGACGACGACAAUGACAAGGUCGUCGACAGUUCCCGCGGCGAAGACGCAGAAAGCGUCGGCACGGUAACGCAUCGUCUCGAAGAAGCUGCAGAUGAUGCUCGGCGCAAUGGGAACCUGGGCCAUAGCAGCACGAAUACUGCCGACGACGACGACGACGACGAAUCCUUCAUCUACACAGGCCAGGAUACGUCUUUCGACAGCGCGGUCCUCGGCGGUGGCGAGGACAGAGAUUCGGACAGCUACAGCGCCAAGAUGAGAGAGAUCCUUGGGAGCGAUACCGACGACGACGACGACGACGACGACCGCGCGCGAGCGCAGUCCAAAGCAGCAAACGAGACCGACAAGCGCAGUAACAGCGUCACCGACCAGAGCGAUGAUGACCAAGGGUCUUUUCAGUACCCAGGUACGACGCCGCACGACACCAGCUUCGAACCCGCUUCCGGCUCGACGGAUGGCCGCAGCCUCGUCGAAUCGGACCGCCACUUGCAGGCAGUGUCUGGCGGGGCCACGCCCUCGCCCAAUGGCUGGUCUUCCCUCCGCAUCCCUAUUCUACCGACUCCGCAGCGUCCGGCAGCCUAUCCGUCAAUAUCCAGGUUGAGAUCCUCUCUGGGCCCGUCAUCGAGCCCCUCGAGGUCCAGCGCACAAAUCAGGCUCGCUGGCCUCGGCGUCGAUUCGCCUGCCGCUUCGUCCCAAUAUCGACGAUCACCGCUGCCCCUGGGCAUCGCUUCGCCAUCCGCAUCGGCUUCUCAGCCCGCCGGUGCAGCCGUCCUCUCGCCACCGUCGAUCUCAUCGGCCAGAUCCCGCACCAGCUCCACGUCGUUCGCCUUCCACCCGCUGUCCAGCCGGAGAAAGCGGAAGGCCAGGACCUCCUUUCCAUAUGGUCCCACCGCCGACGCUGGGCAGGGUUCGCGGCCCGACAUGGACCUCGAGACGUCGAGCCUACGGUCAGAGCUCAUAGCCGCCGAACCGCUCGCGAUCGACGCGCCAGAUACAGACCAAGCAGGAAAGGGAAAGGCCAUCCUCAAGGAGGCGGUCGAACAGAAUGGAGAGAUGCGCAGGGACUUUGUCAGGUGGUCGGCACUGCGCAAGCUCUCUGUGCAAGUAGCCGCGAGACCUAGCGCGACAGAUGCGAACGGAACGAAGAAGAGCCCAGCAGACCCUGCUCAGUCCACCGUGCUGGCCGUUGCGGGCGGCUUGAUCGCCAUCGGAUCUGCAGAUGGCAAGACGAUGGUGUUCGAAUACUCGCAGGAGCUCAAGUGCGUGUGCGACAGCGGCGACAUCGCCGGACCGCCUGGCUCUGUCAGCGCUCUCGCCUUCUCGUCGGACCACACCUUCCUCGUUGCCGGACACGAGACAGGCCAUAUCUUCAUCUACGAUCUGAGCUUGCCAACGCACCCUUCGCGUCAUGUCCCGCCGGUGCCGCUGAGCGCGGUCAAGGCCGGUCGGAAGGAGGGCCACCUGAACGGGUCCAAGAUCGUCCACGUCGGUUUCAUCGGCCUGCGACAUACUGCCAUCGUCAGCGCUGACAACAAGGGGCUCAGCUUCUAUCACGCGCUCGGCAGGAUUCUCGGCGUCAGCUCCAACGAUACCCUUCGCCUCCUCGGCAGAUAUCCGCAGCAUGAGCAUGAGUAUGAACUCGGGCUCGCAACGUCCAAGAGAAGCACCGUGUUUGGCAUGGCGCCUCUGCCUCUCGGACCGAGGCCACACGCAGCCGACUUGCACCACUUUGUCGCCAUCUUGACGGCAGGGAAGUUGGUCAUUGUGGGUCUCAAACCAUCCGCUCGGACCUGGUAUCGCAAAGUGAGGCCCACGCAAUCCGAGGAGAAGGCCAGCGGUGCGUUCACGCAGGCAACGACUUCGCCAGAGGCAGCAGCAGCAGCAGAGGCAGCAGCAGCAGCAGCAGCAGCAACAGCACCAGCACCAGCACCAGCAGCAAACAAAGAAAGCGAGGGGCAUGCCAAUGGCGUUACAGCGCCGAGAAACGCCGCCGGCGACCGCGCUAGACCCCUCGUGCCAGGGAGUCUGUCGUGGUAUCCGGCCUCGACCGAGAUCGAUGGGCGGCGCAGCCGUCAGACCAACCCGAUCUUGGCGUUCUCGUUUGGCGAUCGGCUCCACCUCGUCCGGCUGAUCGCGCGUCAGGCACCGCGACACCAGACCCACGCGGAUGCGAGCCUGGCCGAGGCGCAAGAGGUGAUCGAUGUCGUCGAGCUAACAGGCAGGGACGGCCUCAAGGAACGGAGCAACAUCCUCGCUCUGCAGUGGCUCAGCCCGGACUUGCUCAUGCUGGUGAGCGAGAGCGGCCUCGCACUCUUCGACUGCCGCACUGGCGCAGUCACUGAACGCAUGGAGGGCGACAGCGCGGGCGCCGUCAUGCAAAGGCUGGUCGAGCACAGCUGGUACGAUUCAGUGCUCGGCAUCGACCCGCCGUCGGCCUCUACGGAAGGGUUGCAUGUCGAAGAUUACACCAUACCGUGCAGCGACCCGCAGGCUGCCGCCAAGCAUCCGAGAUCGUGGGCCGUCAGCCACAGCAUCAGGACGUCAAAGGGCAAGACCUUCUUCUUGACCAGGUCCGAGCUGGUGGUCGGUACACUGCUCUCUUGGGCCGAUCGGCUCCUGGCCUACGUAUCGGAAGGCGAUUUCCUAUCCGCGAUCGAGCUGGCCACGCUUUUCUACGAGGAUCGGGCCUUGGGAUCUGCUGUCGGGUUGCCCUCCGAUGCCGUCGACCGCAAAGCCGCCACUGCGCAGAAGCUGAGGGAGCUGAUGGCGGCCUCGGCCGAGUACGCCUUCAGCCCCGAUCGCCUGACCGACUCGACCCACGUCACGCCGGACGGCCGCGGCGUCGAUCGGACUUCGCUGUUCGAGGGACUCGCAAGGGUCUGUGCGCGCGCCUGCCUGGCGCUCAAGGACCUCAGCUUCCUCUUCGACACCCUCUACGAUCGCUACGAAGACAACGGCAUCGAGGGCAUUUUUGUGGGGCAGAUGGAGCAGUUUAUCGUCUCGGGUGAGCUGCGCACUUUGCCGAUCCCCGUGGUGCAGAGGCUGUUGGCGUUCCGCAAGAAACAGGGCGAGUAUGACUUGGCCGAGACCAUCAUCUGGCACGUCGACCCCAAGAGCCUCGACCUGGAUCAAGCCCUCUCGCUUUGCAUCGACCAGCGACUCUACGACGCGAUGAUCUACGUCUACAAUGCGGCGCUCGAGGACUUUGUCUCGCCCAUCAUCGAGCUGCUAGUCCCCCUCAAGAGGAUCCUCCAGGUCAGGCGACGCGUCGUCACCAGGCUCAGACACGCCAAGCUUAGAGACGAAUCUGCUGCUCCGGCGGUCGGCCCCGACGAGUGGACACCUGCAGCGCCGCUGCCCGCCUCGCAGCCCUCUUCCCUGGACCUCGGCUUCGCCGUGUCUGAAGAGGGCGACGAGCAGGAGUUUGAAGAUGCCUACAAGACCUUCUCCUACCUCUCGGUCGUCCUCACCGGCCACCAGUACCCGAGCCAGGAGCCCAUCUCCGACGAAUCGACGGCCAACAUGGCAAAGACGACCAUCUACUCGUUUGUCUUUUCCGGCCGGUGCAUGCUGUGGCCUCCCGGUCCCGGGGGCAAGCUAGUGCUGUUCGGCCUGGAGGACGAGGAUGGCGGUCAAGAGAGCGGACGGCACGGCCUCGGCGACGAUUCUGGCUCCGAGAAGCCGGCCUCGUCGCGUGAGAAACCCCACGGUUUCCUCAAGGCAUCAGAGCCGAUCUACCCUUACCUGCGGCUCUUUUUGGAGUUUGAUGCCGAGGCGUUCCUGGAUGCGCUCGACCUGGCGUUUGAGGACCCUUUCCUCGACGAUGAAGACCUCGUCGGCAAGCGUAUAAGCCGUCAGCUCGUGAUCGACAUCCUCUUGGAGCUCUCUCGACUGGGGUCCCGACACCAAAGAUCGGGCGCACACCGAGGCGCCGCGGACAGCCGCGAGCCAGGCGACCAAGAGGCAAUGGGUCGGACCAGGCAGGUCAGCGAGGCUGACGAUGCCCAGCCUGCGCUGCCUCCACUUUCGAGGGCAUUUGUCAACAUCUUCAUUGCUCGCAAUGCUCCCAAGUACCCGCAAUUCGUCAAGCUCGGAAAGGCCGACAUUGACCACCUCUUGCGCGCGCUCGCCACGCCUGAGCUCGACGCCGAUGACGCUGAGCACGACGACGCAUCGCUGACUGCGACGACGCGCGAAGACCGUCAACUAGCCACCGAAUACCUCCUCUCGACCUACAAGCCGGACCAUACUGAGCAGAGGCUCGACGAGUUCGAGCGCGCCGGUUUCUCGCGGAUCCUGCAAUCCGCCUUCCGGCAGAAUGGCCAGUGGGAUCGUCUCCUCGCGAUGGUGAUACGAGAUUCAUUCGGCAGUGCGCCUAGCACGGAGGCCGGCGAAGCGGGCGUGGAUCUCACCGGCUCGCAAGCGGCCUCGACGCGACGGCAGGCGUUUGCACACAUCGAGGAGAUUGUCGUCAAGGCAUCGAGAUCGUCCAGACGGGCCGAGAUCAUGCCGCGACUUCAUUCCUUGCUCGAAGUCUCGACGGACGCGAUGCUCGAGGCGGAUGCAUUGCACACAGUCGCCCUGCUGGACCGCUUCUUUCCAUCCAAGCACAGCGCAAUCAUUGGAGCGCUCAAGCAACGGCAAGACGAGGAGACGCUUUUGCUCUUCCUGCGUUGCUUUUUUGAGCCUAUGCAGGUCUUGCAGAGGUCGAACGGGGAGGCAAGGGCGAUUCUCCCGGAGGAGAGCAACGGGGAGGCCUCGAGAGGGGCCCGAAACGGGCAACAACCGCCGUCGCCGGACGACCACGAAGCUGGCAUCGGUGGCCAAGGCCAUUACGACGAGCUAGUUGCCUUUGCUUCGCCGGAGCAUCUCGACGAGGAAAGCCGAGACCUCUAUCUCGAGCUGUUGAGUCGCCACGAACCGGAGGCGAUCGUUCGCAACCUCGACCUGCGAGGCCCACGCUUCUUUGAUCUCGAGGCCACCAUCGCUUUUUGUCAGCGCGACCGGAUCGGCGCCGGCGAUGCGAUCCUCUGGUGCCUCGACCGGCUCGGCAGAGCCAAGGAAGCAUUCGACGAGCUCGAUGCGAUCCUCGCCGGCGCUGCGGCAAGUUUCGGCGAAGUCGUGGCAGCCGACGGGACGGCCGCUGAAGGCUCUCUCUCCGCCGCAGGCGAAAAGCGCCUGUUGCGUGGCGUCCGCCAGGCGGUCGACAUGGCCGUGCGGCUCUGCAUCGAGCGCGCCAACGACUUUUCCGGAAUGCACGACAGCGAUGACGAAGAUACGCUGCCGCCGAGCCCGAGACAGGGUUCGUCAAAGCCGCAGCCAAUCGACGCCGACGAGAUCUGGUUCCGCCUGCUGCGCAGCCUCGUCAAGCUGGUCCACGACGUCGCCGGUCUUUCAACGCCACCUUCCAACGCAGCGUCCACGGAGCCUGCCGGCCCCGCUCAGCGGCGGAUCUUGGGCAUCCUGAACGAAAGCAGAGAGAUCGUCCAGGACACGCUCUCGGCUCUGGUCGCAUCUACGGCUGCAGAAGCGGUAUCGUUCCCGGACCUCUUCCGGCGGUUGGUGGGCGAGGACGGCGCCCGGUCCCAAGGCGUGCAGCUCGCCAAAUACUACACCGAGGUCCGCGCGGUGCUCGAGGGCAUGCUGGGCGCGUACAGGCUGCGCUCGGACCUGCUCAAGAUCACUAACAAGCUCUUUGAUCGAGACACGUUCAACGAGUUCCGGCGUAUGACGACCCAGCGCAAGCGAGGAUGGCGGCCUGUCAGCGGACAAGCGCGAUGCUCGGGCUGUGGACUUGUGACCAUCGGAUGCAAGCGCGGAGAUGCAGCUCAAGGCGACGACGGACGCGCCCACCUCGCCGUCAACCGAACCGAAAGCAUGGCGGAAGCACCUAGCUACUGGAGCAGCCUGCCCGAGAGUGCGCCCAUGAGCCGGCGUUCGAGCCGCGACACGGGUGCCGAGGGCAACCUGCGGCGGCGUGUCUUGCGCAACAACUCAUCGAGCAGCUCGCUGGCGGUUCCCCAGACGCCGCUUCGGAGGAGGCCGAUGACGCCGUAUGACGAAAAGGCGGCCCCACUGUCGUCGCCUAGCAUCGACAAGGGCAAGGGGGUCGUGCGCAACUCCGAGGGACGGUGGGGCGACGACGACGAUGACAUCGACGGCUACUUCUCCGGACCGGCCGCCAUGCUCGCCGGGAACGCGUCGGCCAGUCAGAACGGGCCCGCACGCUCGUAUGGCAUGGCGAUGUCGGCGUCGGCGGAUAGCUUCAUGCUGCGCUCUGCGUCUUCAUCGUCGAGCCUGUCGCUGCGUAUCGACGACGGGCCGACCAAGAGGGAGAGGUCUCAGACCCAAUCUCACCUGCAGGUGUCACCGCCAUCAAGGGCGAGGAGCUCUUCUGCCGCUGCAUCCGCGUCGGCGGCGUCCGCCACCGACUCUAGCUCGCCUGGCGCGUCGCUGCGGAGGCAGAUGUCGGACGGCGGCUACCGAGCAUAUGGCGACAUCCGGGCUGGCGACCGCUCCACCAUCGUCAGCAGCCCCGACCGGGGCGGCCGCAACGACGUCGACGCACCCGCCAAGCCAGCGAGGGGAGAGUUGCUGUCGAUUCCACAGCAGGAACCGGCUGCCGAAUCAACACUGACGCCGGCAGGGGCGAUGGACGAGGCGAUCGUGGUGCUGCGCAGCGGAACAGUGUACCAUGAAUCGUGCUGGCACGCGAGGGUCGAAGAUGGCAUCGACAUGGUGUAG